AAUUUAUAGAUGCUGGAGGAUAUGAAGAUGCGACCACCUGGCCGGAGGGUGCUUAUGCCUUCGCGUUCACCAUCAUUGUCUAGUAUUACAUUCUAUCCACAAAAUGUCCCGAACAAUGAAAAAAAGAAUGCGAGCAGCAAUCGAAAAAAAAGAAAAAGUGCGAGAACACAUAGAACGACGCAGAUCCUCUCAUCAUCAAAGCGUAUGGAGCGCCCGUGUUGCACCGCCUGCGCCUUAGCUAAGGCCCAAACUGCCCCCAUCCCUCAACUUUCUGUGGCUAAAUUUACUCCAUCGAAACCUCCUUCUAACAACAAGACUGCUAAUUUUCCACGCUGGCCGGCGCCCGAACCUAAAUUUCCACAUAAAUUUCCCACACGAGAUUGUGCUGUUUUCACCGACUUGCCCUUCUAUACCACAAGCAUCUCGCCAGUCUGCGACGUACCACCGUCUCUGGUUGCUGAAAAUUCCUCUUCUCAAUUGAAAUUCCCUAGCAGAAAUUCGACAUAUGACUAUGCUAGUACUGCGAUAUCUCCGUCACGUUUAAGGAAAAAGUUUCCUUUAUCGCCUCAUGGUGCUCGUUUAUUAUCAUCUCCGCUCCACGCUAAAUGUCUCGCGCCCCCGGAACAUCCUAUUGCAUCACAACGAGAAAGUCUACCUGUCUCAAGAACUUUAUCACCGGCACCUUCUACUGAUGAGACGUGGUUCCUUCGAGUUUUUAAGGAAUACACGAGAUCCGAAAAUCAAACAAAAUCACCAAUAAAGGAGCCUACACUGCCGUUAUAUCAUGAUACAAACUCCAGCAGGCGUACCAUCCCCAUUCAUAAUGAAAACAAAUUGCUAUUGGAAGAUAAAAGGUCGUUAUUCUCUAAGGAAUUAGUAGAUUUAAUAGGAAAUAAGAAUGACGAGAGGUUGAGAGUUCUGUAUGAGAAUCCAUGCCGACAGGAGUCGCAACCAUCAGUAAUGUGUUUGGCGGGGUCUCGGAAAAAAAGAAUAAAAUCCACACCUAAGAAAAUGCCGUGGAAGUAAGGUUCGUGUCUUAGGGUGGCUGUAAUAAUUACUAAUUAAGCAAGUUUGUCUAUCUGUAACGUUACAUUGUGUCCAAACUAAUCAGUUUUAUUAUUGGUGUCCGUAAAUUAGACGCAGUUUAAUUUGUACGCCAAUUCUCCACAAGUUGUGUUCGUAUAGGUCCAUAAAGUCGUACCUACCUAUUCGUACUUAUACGAGUACCUAAAGGUGCGCAACAGAAUCACGUUUGUUUAAAAGAUAAAUAUAAAUCGGGAAGGUGCGUAUAGUAUUUAUAUUCAUUUUUAUUUUGUUGUUAAGUAUUCUAAAAUAUUAUUAAUAAUGCAUGUAAAAUAUGUAAUAAAUUAAAUAAUCUA